UUUCUGAAUGUUUUGUCGGCUAAUGUCUGUGCUCAGACAGGUAACCUGGACAUGGCCACACAUCGUUUGUUUUUCUCCUGUGUGGACUACAGACUGGGUGCGGCUUUAGCUUGCGGAGAUCAAGUUUGCGGGAGGAAAUCCAUCCCAUUUGACAGGAGUCUCCAACGCGGACAGCAGAGGUGGGUGGAGAAAUUAUCACGAGUCAUGAGAUGAAUAAUUUGUUUCAGGAUCAAAUUAAUUCAUGUGGCUUGGUGACAACACUGGAUCACGUGAACGUUUUAGCUCCGUUUUCCUCUCUGAACUGAGUUUUUGUCCUUCGCGGGAGCGCAAGUGUUAAGUUUCGUUUCUUACGCACUGUUUUGCUGUAAACGCCCACUGCGAGUCGUAUCAUGGCCGACUUGGAGGACUCUGGCUUUGCUCUCAUGAGCCUGGAGGACGAGCUGACCUGCAGCAUCUGUCUGAGCACCUUUGACUGCCCGGUCACCAUCCCCUGCGGACACAACUUCUGCCAGGACUGCCUGCUCUCCACCUGGACCGACGCCUACAGCUGCCCGCAGUGUCGGACUCUGUUUGAGACCAGGCCGGAACUGAAGAAGAACACGGUCCUCUGCACCGUGGUGGAGACCUUCAGGGCGAGGUCCAGCAAGACCGAAGGAGGACAGUUCGAAGAGGAGGAAGACGAGGAAGAAGAAGAAGAAGAAGAGGAGGAGGAUGAAGACGAGGAAGAGGAUGAGGAUGAGAGGGAUGAUGUGGUCCGCUGUGACACCUGUAUGGAGGCCGAGGCAGCGCAGACCUGUUUCACCUGCAUGGCCUCCUUCUGCGAGGAGCACCUGCGGCCCCACCGGCAGAACCCCACCUUUCGCCUCCACCAGCUGACCGAGCCCAUCGGGGAUUUAUCCGAGCACAUCUGCACCGACCACCACAAGCUGAUGGAGCACUUCUGCACCGAUCAUGGCCGCCUGAUCUGCAGCCUCUGCCUGCAGCAGGUCCACAAAGGCUGCGGCUUUUCCUCUCCAGAGGAGCAAAGGAGCCUGAAAGCGUCUGAAUUCAGGGACAAGUUGGAAAUUCUGAACUUGAAGAUCGACAGGACUGACACCAUCGUGCUUCAGAUGAACGAGCUGCAGGGCAAGCUCAAGGACGCAGCGAGCAAGAGGAAGGUGGCGCUGGCUGCUGUGUACCAGCAGAUAGGGGAGAUGUUGGCUCAGGAUGAGCGCGUGGCCCAGCAUGAGGUGGACUGUGAGCUGGAGGCUAGUCAGACCAAACUUCGCGACCUCACAACAAAGUUCAUCGACAACAGUGAGAGGAUGAAGAAAGCCAGAGAGAAGAUCGACACUCUGCUGAGUCAGGCGGGAACACCGGCCUUUCUGCAGGCUUCAUUUGAGUUGCCCCGGGUGGUUAAGUUUGACCCCUACCCCCCUCGAAUUAACCUGGACUCCAAAAGGGUGAUGGCAACACAGAACUUUGCUGCCACCCUGCAGGAGAGCCUGAUGACGCUCUUCACUCAGCCUUUUGAGGACAGAGUACCACUGCUAAAACCAGGACAAGCAGAAGCUUCUUUCUCUGGAGCUGCUGGUGGAGAAAACAGUCCAGCCUGGGCAACCGAGUCUCAAUACUCAAAGCCUCCAGAGCAAAGACCUCCACCCAGGUCCCAUAGUCCAUGUCGUCCACCUGUCCAGACCGUCUACCAACCCGUCCAUAUUCCUGUUUACAUACAGGCAAAGCCAACAUGGAAUCCGCAGCAGGGUCAGACACCUGGCUUUUCCAGGCCUCCGUUCUUCCACGGACAGAAACCACACAAGAAGCCUGACGGUGGCCAUCAACCCUCUCACAAGCAAGGCAAAAAGCCACCAAGUGCACAAGGAGGACAGAAGCCUGGGUGGAAAGGACCCGAUUCUGCUAAGAAAGACAAGCCGAAAGGACAUCCGCCAUCGGGGAAACCGGCCGGGCCCAACCCACAUCCUAGAAAAAAUAAGUAGCUGUGAGGGUCGGAGUUCAGCAGCAGAACCUGAAGGGACUGCUGGAUCUAUGCACAGUAACACUGUUGUGACUGUUGAUAAAUUAAACUGUUUGGGGUAUUACACUUAAACUUAACCAGCCCGUACUCCUUAUUCGAAUAUAACUAUAGUUUUGUGACAUUUUGGGAUGACUUAAAUAUCAAUGAAAAGGUUUAGGAUCGUGAAACUUAAUAGGAACACCUAGAUUUUUAUAAAAAUAUUACAAAUGUUCCACCUCAUCUCCUCCCUACACUGGUCUUUAUAAAGUUUACUUUCAUAUAUAUAGUUUUUCUUUUUUUUGUGCAAGUCUACAGUUAAUUAUGCACAAAACAAGCGCAAGUAAAAUAAUGUGUUGUCGUCCAAAACCUUUAUAUGGAGCAGAAGGGAAAUGGAUCCAUGGGUUAUAAUUUCCAGUUAGUCAGAUGUGACUUGCUAAGUAAUUCUUACUGACAGCAUUUCUGAUCUCAAUCAUCCUAAAGGAGAUUAUAAACUUUGCAUGCACCUUAUCUGUGCUGUUGUGUGGCGUCUGUGCGUAGAUCCUGCUACCUGCUUUAUAAUGCGAAGCUUCAAUAUUUAAGUUAGAUAACAUCACAGAAAACACAGAACACAUUUUUAACUGUAUAAUGAACUAUAGAAACUCUAGCAUCAUGUUCAUUCAUUAGAAAGAACACAAAUGGAGAAAAAAGGCUCAUCACCGCAUUAGUCACCAUUUUGUAUGUGAAAACAUAGAAUAUCUAACUUCAAAGAACAAAAAAAAAAAAAAAAUCAAAGUUUAAUUUCCUCUUCAGGGAUUUGGGUGUUGUAUCAAAAAAUUGCCUUCCAAGAUCUAUUAGAGACAUCUUGUCAUCUGAAAUGUAAAUAUUAAUUUAUUCCUCGUCUUAUCGAUUGAAUUGAAUGAAAACACAGAAACACCUCGGGUAUGUAUGAAAAUAUUUAUGGGAAUGUCUUCAAAUUCAAAACAUCACCUCUUUACAUUCAUCUCAAUCAAAGUUGGUUCUUGUCACAUUUUGUAAACAGCCAUUUUUUAUGAUUGAUGGCAUUAAACGCUUGUUUUCCUCUGA